AUGGCGUUCAAUCGACCCGUGGGGAGAAAGCGCAGACGCGAACCGUACAAUGUCGACAUCAAGCUGGUCGAAAUUUACGAGGAUCUCGCCAGUGAAAAGGAUGAGAUUCGGUUGCGCGCGGCGCAAGGGCUCGUAUCGCAGUUCACCCCCGACAAGAGCCCCGCCGAAGAGCAGAUCAAGAAGACGCUCCAGCGAUUGUUCCGCGGCUUGUGCAGUAGCCGCAAGGCUGCUCGCAUUGGCUUCUCGAUCGCGCUGACCGAGGUCUUGACUCAAGUGUUCUCGGUCGCGAGAGAGUCGAGUGAGUUUGGUGUUGCGGAUGUGUUGAAUAUCUGGGAAUCGCAGUCCAAUGCGACUGGCAGUGAGACAGGACAGGAGCAGAGAGAUCACCAUUUCGGCCGCCUCUUCGGCGCCGAGGCAAUCAUCAAAUCCGGCAUCCUGUUCCAACCAUCAACUCCGUUCGCAGAGUGGACCAAGGUCCUCGACCUCAUUCUCGACCUCGCCCACAAGAAAACAUGGCUGCGUGAAGAGUGUGGAUGGAUCAUCUAUCGAUGUGUCUACGAUCUUUCGGCUCGCCAGAUGGAUGCGACUUUCGUCGAGGCUGCCGUGGAGCGUGUCUGCUCCUAUGAACUGGCCCGCUCUCCCGAGGGUGUUGCAGUCUGGCUAGCGGUCAAGGACAUGUUCCCUACUGCGGAGCUGCCUGCCAAGGUUUGGAAGCACGACGAUCCAUUGGAUCCCAAGGAGAGGGGCAACCUGGCAAAGAUCAUGAAGGAGUCGUCCGCGGAAGAGAAUGAUGGAGAGAACAAGGGCAGCAAGUCGUCUGGGGUCUGGAACUCCAAGCUUCACUUUGCUUGGGAUGCUGUCAUCUCGCGGACUAGUGUCAAGGAUGCUAGCUCCAAGACCAAGACCAAGUCAAAGUCCUCACGACUGAGUUUCGUUGACUUCUGGACGGAGGUCGUUGACAAUGGAUUGUUUGCUUCGUCCUCCUCUGAUGAGCGCAAGUACUGGGGAUUCCUCCUCUUUCACAAGAUUCUGAAUGAGGGAUCUCUCCAACAGGCCAACCACAUCUUCACCAAGAACCUGGUCCGAUGCCUGACAAAUCAACUCGCUGUGGAAGACCGCUAUUUACACCGUAUGGCCGCAAAGGCUGCCAAGGCCAUUCAGAUUCGCGUGUCCAAGGAGCCCAUCUUUGCUGCGGUCGCCGUUCGAGGUCUGAUGGGAAGCAACGGCGUCGUCAAUUUCGAUCAAGUCACCAAAACCAAGACUGUCGAGAAGCUCGUCGCCGAUGCCAACAGCGAAGCUCUGACGGAGAUUGUACCUCUCUUCGAGACCCUCCUCAAGAACCCCGGAACGACUGACGAGAAGGCCGCGGCGUCAAAUCGCCAGUUCGUUGCAGGUAUCAUGUUGAACAUUGUACGCGCAAAGGCUGCGACUGGCAACGCCGAGUCGGAUGAGGACUACCAGUCUGUUCUUGAGCAGAUCUUGUUCAUUUUCGUGCGCUUUGCGUACUUUAUGGACAGCACGCCCGAGCCCGCAUUGACCCAAGCCACACAAGAGCUGCUGCGCAACCGGAUCAACUCGGCGUUGAACAGUCUUCUUGCAUCUCGAAAGUAUGCCGCAACGAUUCCCUACGCUGUCGUGCGCCAGAUUCGAGACGGUGCCAAGUCAAAGGAGUAUGGCAAGUUCAUCAUCAACAUCGAUGACAAAUUGGACGAGUCGGUCAAGACUGCGUUCAAAUCGUUGAAGAAACUAUCAAGCAAGGAAAAGAAAGAAGAGAACCCCAGCAUUGCGGCUUUCAAACUUCUAUACUCCCUGACAGUCUUGCAGGUAUACAGCGGCGAUGCUGACGCCGUUUCUAUGCUCGACGAGUUGGAGUUCUGCUACGGCAAGUUCAUGGGCGAGGAGAACAACAGCGAGGACACCUCGGAUGCUUCAGAUGCCCUUGUUGAGAUCCUGCUGAGCUUUGCCUCCAAGCAGUCUCAGCUGUUCCGCCGCAUGAGUGAGCAAGUAUUUGGAGCCUUUGCUGAUCAAGUCACUGAGAACGGCCUGGAAUCAUUAAUCUCGAUCCUCGAAGCCAAGGAAAGCUUGGCCGGUCAACAGGAAAUGUUCGAUGACCAGGGCGACGGUGACGAAGAUGAUGACGAAGAUGAAGAAGAUGACGUCGAGAUGGUCGACGCCGAGGAUCUCGACAGCGACGUCGAGGUUGUCUCCGGCGGCGACGCUUCCGAAUCCGAAUCCGAUGAGGAGGAGGACGACGACGAGGGGGAGGAAGAAAAUGAGGAAAAUGCCGCCGAAAUCGCCGAAUUCGAAGCCAAACUCGCCGCCGCACUCGGCACCCACCGAGCCGACCAAGAUCCCAACGCAUCCGACUCCGACUCAGACGCCGACAUGAACGACGACGAAAUGGAAGAAGUCGACGAGAAGCUAGCCAACGUGUUCCGCGCCCGCCACCAAGCCGCCUCCCAAGUCAAAGACAAGAAGGACGCGCGCGAAAACAUGGUCAACUUCAAGAAUCGCGUCCUCGAUCUCCUCGAGAUCUUCGUUAAAAAGUGUCACUCCCGUCUGUUGGCCAUGGACCUGCUCUUGCCUCUUCUCCGUCUCGCUCGCCGAUCCACCGUCAAGCAGAUCGCCAACAAGGCCAAUAGCGUUUUGCGCGAAUACACCAAACUGUGCAAGGGCAAUGCCAUUCCCAAGAUCAGCGGGGAUGACAAUGCGCCCGAGGCUGUCUGGGAGCUUUUGCGGGCUAUCCACAAGGAGGCGGGUCAUAGUGGACCGCCUGCGCAUACGACGGCGUGCAGCCAGGCUUCGUUGCUGGUGGUCAAGGUGCUGGUUGCGCAUGAUAAGGCUGCGAUUGCGGAUGUUGUCGACGUUUAUGCGGCGACUCGUAAGGGUCAGUUGAUGAGUUCCAAGUGUCAUAUUCAGCCUUCGUUCUUUACGGACUGGAACAACUGGUGUGUGUCGGCGAGCAAGCAGUUGAAAAAUUGA